CACAGCGGAGCGAAAGUGAGCAGAGAAAACAACGUCGUCUGUUGAGGGAGUCCUCUGUUGAGCUCUGAACUUGUUUUCUAGAGCGGGAGUUUGACUAAGCAUCUGUUGAGUUGACAUCGUGAGUAUGAGAGAUGCUUCUGUUGAGUUGACAACGUGAGACUGAGUAGACCUAUAGUAUCUAUAGGUUUCUUCGUUUUCGUUCUUCGUUUUAUCGUGGUGUUUGGGACAAGUUACAUCAUGUAUAAGGAGAACCAACCAUGAUAUUAAAAACCGAUAUUUGUGCAAGUAAAACCAAUUUCAAAAAAAUGAAGCUGGAUGAACAUGCAUUGACAUAACUGAAUGAAUAUUAUCAAGGAAGAUCGAUGAACAAAGUUGUAAGUGUAACAAGAAAAGUAUCUAUAAGUUAUACUGACAUGAUGACACAACUUCAACUUCUUUCCAACCCAAAUCCCUGUAGGAGCUCGUCAAACCCUGAUCAAGUCUCAAUCUUGGGAGAAUCUUUCAGGAAAAGCAAAAGAGUCGAAGAAUAGCGUCUAUCAUUCAACCAAAUCAAGUCAUUCUAUCGAAAGUCAUUCUAUCGAAAGUCAUUCUAUCGAAACUGUAUCGAAAUACUUCUAGAACAAAAAGGUAUCAACAUAUCAAGAGAAGGCAACAUAUCAACAAAAAGGCUCGUAGGUACAUCAACAUCAACACUUACAACCAGUUUGCUAUCCUCAAUCUUCAAACAAGCACCGUCUUCACUACAACAACGAAAGAUGGUCUUCUGCGAUCCGACGCCCCUCGGCGUUGCCCGCGGCGCUGCCUGCUUCCUGGCCGUUAUGCUACUACAAUGCUGUAAUUUUUAGUAGUCGUGAUAGAGAUACUAGUGCUAAAGACUUAUUUAUUUGUCCUGCGUGCUCUCCACCUCCAGCAAACUCUGUUGAUUUCACUACUACUAAUAAAAACUCUACUUCUACUAGUCUUAAUCGGCUCUUUCUUAAUUUCACUACUACUAAUACGAACUCUACGAGUGCUUGUCCUCUGCUGCAGCAACCUCUUUUAUCUCUCACUCUCUUCUAGUAGAGGUAGAGUACUACUGUGCAACCCCGUGAAUCGGUUGACUUCUCAAUGGUUAUAUUAUGCUUCAAGGUCGUUGCGACAGCUUCGUGCUCCACUACCACUACAACUAGUCCCGCUCGUGCUUAACUAGUAGACUGAACGGUAAUUAUACCGAGAUCCUCAGUCCCUUUCCCUGCAAGAGACGUCAUGCCUCAUUGUAAUAGACGUAAUAUCUAAAUCCCCUUUGAAUGGACGUAAUGCCUCAGAGGUCCCUCUCCUCCUGUACUACCUGGCCCCUCCCUCAGUCCCUCUCCUCUUGCAAUAUUGGCAAAUCGACGAGUCUAGAUAGACGAAGUAACUUCAUCGAUCUGUAGGGUAUAAGUAGAAACGUUAGCUGCCUUAGGCUCGGGCGGGUCUAGAAGUAAUUUAAGUUUAAUGAUUAAUUUUGAAUUCCUCUUGUUCUAAUCCUCGUUCCUAAUACAUCAAUACUCCCCUUGUUCUAAUCCUUGAACUUGCGGUUCGUCGUUCUUCACCUGUGAUGGUGGUAACUCGAUGACGGAGGGGUGGGCGAAGUUUGUGAAGGUCACCUUUCGACCCGGCUAUGCCGCCAGGACGGGACGCGGACAUUUUGAUCUUGAAUUUAUGGCAGUCUGCACUGAACUUUGUCGUGAACUGCUAGAGAAGCAACAUCAACUUGAAUCUGUCCUCGUGUGAAGACAGAGGACCAAUUUUAUCUUUAGGUAAAGAACAAAUAAUUAAUAUGAAGAGAACCAAUUUCAUCUUCUAAUGAAAACAGUGCUGGCACUCCGCUCAAUGCGGCUGGCGAGCCGAUGGACUCGGAAAGUGGAGCCGCCAGUUUCGCGAAAGCUUCCUCUGCACUCUCAGCAGGUGGAAAGUUAAGGCUCUUUGUUCACCUGCUCCCGCUGGACUUCUGCUUUGAUCAUCUAUUCAGAACAAAUUUUAGGUGCUGUUACUCGUCUUCAUUUUAGUAUGUAUCUUCAUGAACAGGACGAGGACGAGUUGAGGUAGACAGAAAAUAAUGAGAAGUUAAAUGUAUAGUAUCUUCAUCAACUCUCGAAUGGACUUAUUUACUAGUAGUACUACUACUUCUGUAAAUUCUUCAACUUCAUGAACAGUAGACAUGAGAGAAGCAGACAGGAUAAAUCUUUGUGGCCUUUCAUCAUGUAGCAGCUAGAAGUUGUUCGAUAGGGCUUAACCAUUAGCGCCAAGUGACUUAACCAUGGUCACCACCACCAUCCGGACCACCACCAUCCCCACCACCACCACCAUCCUGGCCACCAUCUAAUGCCUGGGCCCUACGUGGAGAAGAUCUAUGACAAUCCAGACAACGAUGCCAACGUGAGCAAGAUGCGUUUUGCUACCUUGGAGGAUGCCUGCAUUUCUUUCACGGAUGAAGUUGAACUGGUAUCUCUUGAAGCUCUUCACUUUAUUCAUGUCUGAUAGAUCUUCUCCACUUUGUAGUUUAUUCGGAGCUAGGGAUAUGCUCAAACUCAAUCAUCCAGAACAACAGCAUGCUAUUGCAACGAGAAAACCAUCAUAACUCCUCCUUCCCUCCUCUAGAUUUCGGACGGUACCCCAUGAAUGGGCUCACGACUACUUCUACUACCACUACUCCUACUACUUCUUCUACUACUGCUACUCAUGUCGGACGAGUGUAAGGAUUUAGUAGGAAUUAUCUCGCCAUCCGUCGGGAAGAUGUAAAAUAGCAUCACACUUUUUUGUUUUCAAACACGGACGAAGUUCUUCAACUGGUAACUAUUUUGAGUAGAGGCAACAACUACAACACAAUUUUUGUUGUUGUAGAGCAAGCUUGUUCGUUGUAGAUACACAGAUCCUCGUCCACUAUCUAACUUGUAUUUACAUCAUAGUUAACAUUCAACAUCUUCAGAUGUACAUGUGCGUAGGCUUCUCUCAUUUCAGGCACUGUUCUCUUCGCUCCUUAGUAUAGAUAGUAUACAUGUACCAGGGAGGGAUGCCCACGCUAUGAAUGGAGUGGCGGCGGCGUCCGCGCGCCCUUUUUUUCGCUGUGGUGACAUGCAAGGACUCACGGGGGGAAAGCCUCAAAAGGCGGAGCCGGAGGCCCCUGGCGGCUCUCCGCGUGUACCCCAAAGGCGUCCUGACUCUUGGACCCUAUCAAAGGGACGGCCUCCGGGGAAAGAAGGCGGCCAAGGCCACGACCGCGAGGCCUGGCCCCUUUGGCCCUCAUGGGGGAAGCAGGGGCCAAACUCCUCCAGUGAGGCCCCCGCACGCGGGAGGCAUGUAGGGCGCAUGCAACACGGCAAGGGGGUCUUGCCUUGCCACCGUUGCCAGGUCUGUAGGGUACACGCAACACGGCAAGGGGGUCCAGUCUUGCCUCCUUUGCCAGGUCUGUGCGGGAAAGUGCAGCGCGGCAAGGUGGUCCAGCCCUGCUGCCUUUGCCAGGUCUGCCGGGUACAUGCACCACGGCAAGGGGGUCGCUCAGCCUUGCCACCUUGGCCAUCUUCGGAACCCUUCGGCCCCUGGCUUUCGGUGCUUCAACGGCCUCAGGGAUGGGGCCUCUGUAGGGUCCAGGCAAGAAGCGGGAAGGGGUCGGGGGAGGGCGCUCGGAGGCCUUUGGGAGGCCUUCUUGCCCGGCAGUCUCUCGAGAAAAAGGGCCUGAGGCUGGAGCCCCCCCAUCAAAAAGUUGGACGGACCGGGGGGGCCUUCAGCCUUGCGCCCUAGAACAUGCAUAGGCCCUCGACGUCCACUAUCUAACUAGUACCUCUAUACGCCAUGGCUUUCGUGGUCUGUUCAAUUUUCUUUCUUUCUUAGUUAGGUCUCUCCUACACCUCACCUCGCCUAACUAGUUUUGUACAUCAUAGUUAUUCUUACUCAACAUCUGUUCGCAUCUUACCCGGUCCUCCACAUCUACAAUCCUCCACACCUACAGCACAACAGUAAGACACUGGCUGCUCUGACCUCGGUCAACCCGGAAGAUUAUGAAUGGGUGAAGAAGAAUAGUUAAUUUCUUCUAUGCCCCAUAAUUGGGCACACGACUACCACUAAUACUAGACUAGUAGUGUUCUUUUUGGCCCAUGAUCAUAAAUGAUGCUCGCAGGGACCAUUUUAUAGUACUUCUACUGAUUCAUGAGUUUCCAACGAAGUAGGUACUACUACGACUUCGCACUACUAUCAUGGGCUACCGAAGUACUUCUACGACUGAUUAAUGGGCUAAUUGACUAAUUCCCGUGCACUUUUCUGGAGGAGGAGGCGGGGCCGCGUUAAGGGGGUGCCCCCUGCAGCCCCCUGCGAGCCUCCUGGCUGUUCCGCAGCAGUUCCGGAGCUGCCCCGCAGGGUGCUUCCGAGGGGCUCGCAUGAGCGCGGGCAGGGCCCAGCGCAAAACCCUCCUGGGAUGUUCCGUAGCUGUUCCGCAGCUGUUCCGCACCUGCCUCCUGCGUGUCUCAGUUUGGCAGGCCUCCUGCGCUGCUCCUGGGUGCUCUUGGCUGUUCCGUGGCGUGUUCCGCAGCUGUUCUGUAGCUUGUUCCGCCGUUGCUCUUCGGGGGAGUGUGCUGCAGCUGCUCCGCAGAGGGUUCCGUGGCUUUUCUGCAGAGUGUUCCGCGGCCGUUACCUCCGUGGUGCGUCUUGCAGAGUAUUCUGCCACGGGUUCGCCGUUUUUGCCCGUAAUUACACGGGGAGCGCCUCUGCGGGGGAGAGGGCCGCGCGCAGGAGGCACCGGUUGAGAACCGUGCCGACGAGGAUGAAUGCGGCGGCGGGCGUCGCUGUCGGCCGCGGGCACCUCCCCGUCCGCCUUGCCUCUCCAACCAUCUCCCGCCCUCCCCGUGCCUCCCCUUCCGUCUCCUCUCUCCUCCCCUCUUCGUUCUCUCUGCUCCCCUUCCUUGCCCUUGCCUUAUUCUCGCCUCCCUUUCCCUUCUUUCCUCCUCUCCCUCCAGAAAUAGCCCCCAGCGGCGCGCGUAGCGCGACGCCCGUAGUCCUCAAUCAUAGUAAUAUGAAUAAUAUACGCAGACAGGAUGCGAGGCUUUUGUCUUAGUCGUAAAGCCAUUUCUUUGGGACCUUUCUAAAAAACGACCAAGAAGCCGAAUCUACGAGGUGGGAAUCCGAAUACAGGAAACCAGGAGUGCUGCAGUGGGGUCAUCGACGGCGACGGAUCUGGAGUCCAUACAUUAAGGCUUCUACUUUCUACUCCCCAUUAUUCCCCUUUUCUCUUUGCAUUUCGUUAGCCUACUACCACAGCUUCUUGGGUUAGUUACUACCACUACUACUAGGCUGAUCUUGAAUUUGAAUUAAAAAAGCUGCCAGGUUGCAGGAAGCUUACGCAUGAUUUGUGCAAGUUAAAAGUCAGUUACUCACUUGUAGCUAAUGCAAUAAUUCAUUCGAUAAUUAUUUGGCAGUGAGGGAAAAGGCGGUGACAAUGGGACACUCGUAGCUUGCUUCAUCAGUAUCUCAUCUAUUCUGGUUGGUUACUCGCUUAUUUCAGUUUUUCGAAUAUGCUACUGAAGAGUCAGAGUGUUCCUAUCUCACACUUACGCUUACCAGUUCAUCUACUUGAUUAUUAUAUUAACAGUCGCACUAGACUGCUGAAUUGUUGAUGUUGAAAUAUUAAGCAGCCAGAUCACUGGCAGCGCCCGAGAUAUAGUUAGCUACAUAAUUGGUUUUGGCUACCAUUCUACUGGCAAGGCUAUUCCUUGUCCUUAAUUGAUCGGAAAAGUCUAAUCCUCUCAUCAUCAUACUAAGUCGGACGUUACUGCUAACAAUUGUAUGAUGUAUCGCAUGUUCCUCUAAUGCGUGUCGGCUUCUAUCGUGGGAAUUACGGGGUGAUGGGCAAGUUGAAAAAAUGGGUAUGUACAUACAUUGACAGUUACCUCUCACUCUGAGAGUGACAUCUUAAGUCUACUUUUCCUUAUGUUUGUUGACUCAGUACCUCUCAACUUAAUGGUACGAGCAUAAUGUAGGGAACAAGAUUAUUUUCAUCCUUUGACUUUUAUCAUCCAAAUGGCGAAAUCUAUCCAAAACGACUCGAGUGCCACAAAAUGUCGACCCCAAUUAUUUCAGGGUCUUGUUGGGGUCGGGGGCCUGAUCGUCGGUACUGCGGCUGCUGGUGCGAUUGCGGCGACUGGAGGUGGCGCUGGAUCGGAAGUGUUGGCCUUGGCCUUAUGACGAUGUUUAAUUUUUGUAAAAGACGAGGAAGAGGAAGAGGAUGUUUGUUGAAUAUAAAACUUCUAAGAGAUGUAACUAACUAUUAUUUCUAGGAAAGAGAAUAGAAUUACUUGUAUACGGAGAAGUUUGUAGCACGCAUGGCGCCUGGAGUGCAUGGGGCGCAGAUCUCGAAGGGACGCAAGAAGCGCCCCGUCAGCUCCAUGCGAUCCAUGCACUCCAUGCCAUGCGAGCUGGCAAACAUUAGCAAACUACUCUACUCUGUUGUAAAAACUAGCUGGCUAUUAAGAAUAAGAGACUGCCUGUCACUGACGGCGACGAGGAUGCUGAAUAAAAAAUUUGUUCUAGAAAUGAAGAACAGCCGGUGUAGUGUAUGGUAGGGUUACUCUUGAGGAGGAGAUCCUACCAUGUCAAAAAUGCACGUAAUAGGCCUUGAACCCAUGUGAUUACGACCUCUUUUCACCUCUGAUGAAGGCCACAAACCUGAGGAGACCCCGCGGAAGCCCCACCCAUGUCUCGCGUUAGGGAAAAAUGGGAACGGUCACCCGCAUCGUUCCCCCAGAGGUAACGCGCCACACCUCGACCACGACCCAGGCAGCGGAGGAGGGAGAGGAAAAAUAACCUGCCCUGAGGGCCAUACCUCUGCAAUUUCACCAGAGAGAGAACUCGCAAAAAAGGACUCCCCAGCCGUCGCUACCUAGGAGAGGGAUCGCUUGAGAGAGAACACAAGGAAGGGACCGACCUGCUGCGGAGAAGAGAGACUUUGCAAACUGUGGCGGCAAUUGGUGCGCGAAGUAGAGAAUAGAAGGAGGCAAGCUAUCUGCGACGGAGAGAGACUGAGCACACCGUGGCGGCUUCUCGGUGUGAAAAGUUGAGAGCACAGUAGGAGGAGAGAGCCAGAGAGGCUGAGCAACGGUGGCCCCCUGGCGUGCGUGAGAAAUGCGCCUGUUACCCCUUGCGAGAGCGAGGACAGAGACCGUUCGGCCCCCGAGAGAAGCCGAGAGACCGCGCGAACAGGAAAGGAGAGACACAACCGGCGCAAAGGGAAAGGAAAACUAAGCGCGAGUGUCCGUGGGCGAGGACCUACGCCGCAGCGACCUCUGCCGGAGAGACCACCAGGAGACACAGCGAGCUUUCCUGUGAGCGAGGCCUUACCGCAGCCGCGCACCCUCACGCAGCCGCGCACCCCCACGCAGCCGCGCGCCUCCACGUAACCGCGCACCCCCACGCAACAGCGCAUCUCCGCGCAACCGCGCACCCCCACCCUACCGCGCACCCCCACGCAGCCGCGCACCCCCACGCAGCUGCGCACCUCCACGCAACUGCGCACCCCCACGCAACCGCGCACCCCCGCGCAACCGCGCAUGACCUCCACGCAACCGCGCACCCCCACGCAAGCGCGCACCCCCACGCAGCCGCGCUCCGCCACGCAACUGCGCACCCCUACGCAACUGCGCACCCCUACGCAACCGCGCACCCUCACGCAACCGCGCAUCCCCACGCAACCGCGCACCCCCAAGCAACUGCGCACGCCCACGCAACCGCGCACCCCCACGCAACCGCGCACCCCCAUGCAACCCCGCACCGGCCUCCACGCGACCGCGCACCGACCUCCAUGCAACCGCGCACCGACCCCCACGCAACCGCGCACCGACCUCCAUGCAGCCGCGCACCGCCACGCAGCCGCGCACCUACACGCAACCGCGCACCAUGCAAACGCGCGCCACGCAAUAAAUGCGCACCAUGCAGCCGCGCACCACGCUUGCGACCCACCGACCGCGCACCACGCAGCCUCGCGCCCCACGCCUAACAAACCUGUAGUGUAGGUAGCGAGCGACACGCACGCACCACGAUGGGGGGGCAACCUUGAGACAGCUUAGGGGCUUACAAUACACACAGGCUUCCCAGCUGGAAGGAGCGACCUGGACCGACCCACCCGGCCACAGAGUAACCCGGGCCGCGCCUUACAGUGCAGGCGGCUUGGCUUCGUUGAACAAUACAACGGCGAGCAGAGGGGCCCGUCUGAGUUUGCCGAAAAUAUGCUCGAGGCAGGCUGAGACGAGCCCCGAGCCCCCCUGCCUGCCCCUCCUUAGAUCGGCCCGCAAUCCGUGCUGGCCUUACGCUUGCGGGUGAGGACAUCUGGCGCCAUAUGCGCCGCCUCAAGCCAAGACCUCUCGGGGGGUUGUACUCCUGCAGCUUCGUCGACGCGCCACCUAUCUACGCCCUCGUUUGGGACAAAUAGGUAUGCUCCAGCCCCUCAAUCUAACUUUUUGAGGGGGGGCCUCCCGCCCCUGGCCCUUUUCCUCGAGGGACGGCCGGGCGGGAAGGCCUCCAAAAGCCCACCUCUGACGCCUUUGCGCUUCUUGCCUGGACCCUAGUACAGCGCCCCCACCCUUGUGGCUGCCGUUGAAGCAUCGAAGGACGGCUGGGGGUGCAACGCUUCCGAAGGUGGCAAGGUUGGGCCCCUUUGGCUUGUUGCGGCUUGUUGUGUGUUUGUACCCUACAGACCUCCGUCCAGGGUUCGGGCUCUUCACUGGGGGAGUCUCUUGGGAGGUGGCAUCCCGUCUCACCUGAUCGGUGGGUUUACAUCAUCGCCAGCCUCUUGGGAGGUGAAAGGCCUCCGAGGGAAGCAGGUGGCAAGGCUUGACCCUUUGCGGCGUGCUGCAUGUAUCUGACAGAACCCCGGCGGGCACGCCUUGCCCCCACUCUUCCCCGCCUUUGGGCGUUUGGUGGUGGCGGACGAGGGCCAAAGGGGCCAGGCCUCGCGGCCGUGGCCGCCUUCGGCGGCCUUCUCCCCCCGGAGGCUGUCCCUCUGGCAACCAAGGUCCAAGAGUCGGCACACGCGGAGAGCCGCCAGGAACCUCCCUCCGGCCCCGCCUUUUGAGGCCUUGGCCCCCGGGGGUCCUUACUUACAUGUCACCACCGCAGAAGAAAGGGCGCGCGGACGCCGCCGCCGCUCAAUCCACAGGCGGGGAGCCUCCGUAAGUUGGGCCGAACGCCGUAGAGCUGUCCAAAUUCGUCCCCCCGCGUAGCCUCCUCGCUUUCAGGGUGGUUCCCUAUUAUAAGAAAGGGCGGCGUCGCGAUCAGUGGCCCGUGGAUCGAUCGGCGCGACCCGUGGUCUGUGGUUCGAUCAGUGAUCCACGGGUCGGUCAGUGAUCUGGGGAUCGAUCAGUGCCCCGGGGAUCGAUCAGGGAUCCGCGGAUCGAUCAGCGAUCCGCGGGUCGAUCAGUGACCCGCGGACCGGUCAAAAAUUCCCGGGUCGGUCAGUGCCCCGGGGAUCGAUCAGUGGCCCGUGGGUCGCUCAGUGGCCCGUGGAUCGAUCCGGGGCCCGUGGAUCGAUCAGGGGCCUGGGGAUCGAUCAGGGGCCCGUGGAUCGAUCAGGGGCCUGGGGAUCGAUCAGGGGCCUGGGGGUCGAUCAGUGACCCGCGGAUCGAUGUCGAUCGGUGAUCCGUGGGCCGAUGUCGGUCCAUGAUCCGUGGACCCCUCCGUGAUUCCUUGAUCGAUCCGUGAGUCCUUGAUCGAUCCGCGGACCGAUCAAGGAAACGCACACUGUUUCGCGCUGCGUCACGCUUGAAAUUGAAAACAGAAAUCUCGUCCAUCCCCGAGACUCUCGGCGUCCCGCGGUGGGCGAUGGGCGUCACGCGUCACGAGCAGCUCUACGGCGUUCCGUAAGUCCCACGGGGAGCCCCCGCCCCUGGAGCAUCUGGCCGACCUCUCUCUUUGUGUUCGUGGUCAGAUCUACGGACCCCUGCCCCUCUAGUACUUCUUACCGAUUACUGCCCGAAGAGGUAAGUCAGCCAGUCAAUCAAUCUUCAAGCGACGGCCUACUUCAGUACAUUGAUUGUAGUACAUUUAGAGAGAUAAUCUAAAACUAAAUCAUCUAUAUUUGAUUAUACUUUUCUUCACAUGCUGAUGCUGCAAGCAGCACCCUCGGGGAAAUGGCGACGACUGCGGCUCACCAAGUGCUUAAGGCAGCAAAACGAGACAGCUUCUAUCUUUUUUGAAGUCGUUUUUUUCUACGUUGAUGUAUAUGUCCAUCAUGUGGUGACUUUUCAUCAACAUCAAUCCUUGCUGUCGGGAUUUUUCUAUUUUUCCUCAUCCACUUCGAAGUAUUUCAUCUAUAAUUACUUAUUUCAAGAAACAUCAAUUUAGAUUUUAUCACUUCUACGCUCAUCUUUGUCAAAGGAGAAGGCUCGAUAGACGGUUAUCUAUCCGUCUCCUAAUUAUGAUGAUAAUACGCUCAUCUUGCUUUCACUCACUUUUGUUGUCAAUUUCUUCUGUAUUGUGAGUCAUCGCGGCAACCUCCUCUUGGUCUAUUAAAGUUUCCCAGCCGCCUCUUGGUCUAUUAUUUAAAGUUUCAGCACAACCUCCUCUUGGUCUAUUAAAGUUUCCCAGCCUCCUCUUGGUCUAUUAAAGUUUCAGCACAAGCUCCUCUUGGUCUACAAAAGUUUCACAGCCUACUCGUCUUGGUCUGUUAAAGUUUCAUAGCCUCCUCUUGGUCUAUUAAAGUGCACGUCGUGUUGCAUCCUUUUGCCCUAAACGCACGACGUGUACUUUAUGAGAGGCCGUACACGGCGUGGCUGUCAUGCUAAGCGUCUACUCGUAGGCCCAAUCCGACUCGACUAACAUCGUCGCCAUCUUUCUUUCGUAAAACCUGUUGAGACCCGUCAUAAUCCGUAUCUUUCUUUUGAGACCCCUCUAAAGUGUAAGCGUUUGCUGAGAAAGCGGGUGAGGUCAUCGGAAAUACGUAUAUGGUCUAUACUGCUGCGGCCCUUGUUAUUGCUUAUGAUAAAUGACAAACAGCCUGCUCGUCCAACUUCAAGUACAGGGUUAGUAGUGUUGCCACUUCUUCAUCAGAGUUUCUCGCUGGUCUAUUUGGAUUGACAAAAUGAACGUGACAGACUAGUUUGUGUCAAGAUUGGGCACGCUACUCCUACUACUCCUACUACUACUCCUACUCGUCUAGGGGCUGGCGUCAAUGAGAGCUACUUGAUAUCAGGGAUCGCUACUUGAUACCAAUGAGUGCUCGACACAGCACCUCGUGAAAAGGUAGCAAGAAUUUGAACACUCACUCCAUGUUUUUGUAGUUUGGUUUUCUUUCCAUAGAUAUACGAAUAGUACCUUCUUGACUACAUUCUCUAACACUCUCCGUCUAUUUUUGGGGGGCUCAAGUCGUUGAUGCCAGGAACUCCUACUGCACUCGAGUUACGGCAAAGCAACAAACAGCAACCUAACUAAACUAGUGGUCUAUUCAUCCGGUCUUCUGCUUCCCCAGCAGGAUGUAAGAAAGUGUUUGAUUGUUCAAUUUUGGCUCCAUAAAUGAUGAGAGAUUUUGGUUCCAUUAAUUGUCAGCAUGAUAAGAGAUUUUGGCUUCAUAAAUGAUUAGCAUAAGCGUUGAUCUUGUGCUACUUGGUAAGUGAAGAGACUUUUCCAACCAAGGAAGAUGACAACUUGGAGCCGAACUUGGAGGUUCCUUUUUAGUUACCUUGCUCUUUGGAAGUCGCUUCUUCUUGGAGGUCCCUUUUUAGUUACCUUGUUCUUUAGUCCCGACGAGGUAACGAAAAAGAUGCCUCCAAUUCGACCAAGGAGAGAUGGAUGGAAAACCAAGUACUGCACAACUUCUGUGUUCGAUGGAUGAUCUUUCAUUGUCCAAUGUUCUUGAAAAAUGGGCUAACAACUACUCCUGCUACAGCUCGUCCCCUUGAAUGGGUAUUAUUUACUACUACUAAUAGUAUACUUCAUACAGUACCAAUGAUCAUAGCAUAAUACUACCUAGUGAUACAACUACCAGCACUUCUAUUUCUCCUUCUAAUAAGAACCGACAAGUUUGCGUGGAAAGAGGAAGGCUCGCCGUGUAUCAGAAGAAUCUCGAGCAUGGCGGGUUUGAAAAAAAGCAAAUUAUGCCUAUCAACAGUGUUGUAAUUCCACGUCACAACUUCUACCCCAUCCAAUAAUACAGUCUGAGUAGAAGGUAUCUUGUUAGUACUCAAAUGACAUUACAGAUACCUUACAAAAUUAAUACAGUCUUUGUACAGUCAGUAGAAGGUGUCUUACAAAUUUAUUACCUUGCAGAUAUUACCUUACAAAAUUACACUAAGUAGAAGGUUCUAAAAUCUGUGGAGGGCACUUGCAUGCCGAAGACGUUGGUCGACAAGGAGAAAAAGCCGACUAAGGUGAUGGCAUGCGUUCUGCCGAAGGAGGAGGCGGAGCAGCAACCGACAGAUUAAGGGUUGAAAGUUGACCUUUCGCUCUCUAUGAGCACAUGAUCUAUGACCUCCCUUUCAAGUAGUAAGAAAGUCAUAGAUAUGCCAGCUAGGUCGGUCAACUUUCAACCUCUAAGAAGAAGCCGGGUCAUCGUAA